AUGUCUGUGAACAAGGCCGUAUUCUUCACUCAAUCAGAUCUGGUUGGUUUGGAGCAGCAGAUGACCGCCACCGGCGUCGUAAACAUCCUUUCUAUUGUCAACUUUGUUGCUGAUCCACUCAAGGUUGGCAAGAACUUGGCCAACGACAAGGAGUUCAUUGGCAAGUGCAUAACCAAGGCUUUGGACACCGUGCCAGGCAUUGGUCCAAUUCUCUCCCAGACCUUUGCUCUCUUCUGGCCCAAGGAUCCAAAUGCGGCAGUGAUCACCAAGGCCGCCCUCGAAGCCAGGUUGAAAAGCUUCAAGGACGAGCUGAUGACCUUGGUAGAUGAAAGGAUCGACAAGGCCAUGGGCGAGGCCUGGAAGAUGAUCUGCAUCAACUUCUUUGACAAUGUCAAGGACUCGUAUGCUCAGCUCCAGGAAAAGGUGCUCAUCUUGCAAAAGAUGAUCUCCCUCAAGCUCAACACCACCGCGUUGCAGACCCAGAUCCGCGCAACCCUGGACUCGAUCCUCAUGCAAGCCGGAAUGAUCAUCAACUUUGCCAACGACACGAGGUUCUUCAAGAGCAUGUUGCCAACUUACAUGCAGGCCCUCAUGAUCCAGAACUCGAUCUUCCUCAUGAUGAACACAUACUGGAUCCAGUUUGGAAUCCCUCCCCUUGUUGUCUCGGGUAUCCCGGCCGAGGGCGACAACCCUGCCGUGAAGGGCCUAACCCAGGCCUACCAUGAUAGGGCUGUUGAUUUCAUGAACCUUGCCUUUAAAUUGAUCAACGAUACUCUCAUUACUCCAGAGACCAGGAACACUACGGAGUUUGACAGCUUCCUCAGCAAAGUCUCCAAUGUGCUCGAUACCGACAUGUACCUCUACCCCGUGCCACUUGUCGUUGGAACAACAACGGUCACUCCAACCUCCGCCACCGUUCCUGUGCACAAGGUCCCAAAGAAGACAGGUGCCUACAUCUACCGUUGUCCCUUUGCCAACUUCCUCCCAGACCAAGAACGCCAGAAGACUCAUCAUAACAAGUUUUUUGGCGUUGGCGACUCUAUCACCAAGUGCAGUGGAUUGGGCUUCAACUGGAACGGUUCAUUCGCAAGCCUGGACUUUGCGCUGGAGGAGCCAAGGAAGGUUGCCUUCAGAGUGCAUGGCUUGUACACCGAGACGCUCACCGGUUUGGAGCUGACCGUCAACAAUGAGAAGGUGACUCUGCCCCUUGUCCAGGAUGACUAUCCCGUCAUGUGGCAAAAGGAUGAGUCGAAGACGCCAGUAUUUGACUUCUACGACAAGAAGACAACUUCCGGAUUCACCGUGUCUAAGCAGUUUGCAGCGAGCCAGAGCUUCAAAGUCAAGCUGGGUGUCAUAGCACCUGAGGGCGUGUUGAAGGCCUUCUUCCCCUUUAUCGAGCUGAUUAUUUGCGAU